GUGCGACAUGGAGUAGGUAGUGCGACACGGUGAGGAGGUGGUGCGCUCGUGGAAAGCGCAAUCAGGCGGGUUGAAAGGGGAUCAAUGUCGGAGGGUGGUGAGAGGGAUCUGGGGCGCACUGUGCAAGUGGGGACGUGCGCGAUGAAGGGAAGAAGUCGGGAUUGGGAACGGGAGCAUGGAAUCGGACGCGAUUGGGGGGAAGAGCGAGCAAGUGGGAAAAGGGAAGCAGGAUCAAGAGGACGAGGAGGAGGUGACAACGGUGGUUAAGGUCGACAAGAACGAGGAGGAGAAAGAAGAGGAGGACGAGGAUGACGACGUUGACGAAGAGGGUGCUGUGGCGAUGGACAAGGAGGAGGAGGAGGAGGAGGAGGAGGAGGAAAAGGAGGACGACGACGAUGGGGAGGACAACGAGAUAGAAGAAGAAGAGGAGGUGAAGGACGAUGAUGCGGAGGAGGAGGAGGAGGACGAGGAGGAGGAGGAGGAAGGCGAGGACGGCAAGGAUGGCGUGGAAGAAGAGGAGGAGGAGGAGGAUGGGGAAGAUAAAGAAGAGGAGGAGGAGGAGGAGGAGGAGGAGGAGGAGGACAUCGAGGAGGAUGACGACGAGGAUGAGGACGCCGAGAAUGACGAGGAAGACAUCGAGGUAGAAGACGAAGAAAGGGGGGGGCUGGGAAGGGAGGAGGAGGAGGAGGAGGAGGAGGAGGAGGACAACGAGGAGGAGGAUGACGACGAUGAGGACGCCGAGAAUGACGAGGAAGAAGAGGAGGACAAGGAGGAAAAGGAUUAUGGGGAAGAGAAAGAAGAAGAGGAGAAAGAGGAGGAGGAGGUCGACGACGACUGCUAGGAGGUGGACAUCGAGGUAAAAGAAGAAGAUCUCUGCGAUCAACGGCCCAGAUCGGGCCGAUUUCAAAUUUGAAUUCCGAGGCCGCGACGCUUUCUCGC